AUGAACAUCGAUGAUAUCGUGAUACCAGAUCCAAGAAAUCAUCCCGAAAAUGCGAAUCUACCAAACGUCAAUCAGCCUGAGACGAUACUUGGUGUCACUCUUGCCUUCCUGGCAAUCGCUGUCAUCACCUUGAGUCUUCGGAUAUGGAUUCGGAUAAGAGACCGACUUUGGGGAUGGGAUGACUUCUUCGUCAUCCUUGCAGGUAUUGCGAGUUUCGUUGGAGACAUUCUCGUAUGCAUGAUGCCUGAAGAUGGUUUGGGUCUUCACUUGUGGACGCUCGAUCCUGCACAUCUGAUUGCAUACUUCAAGCACAUCUAUUCGACAAACUCUGCAUAUGCUGCCAGUACUGCACUCAUCAAGCUCUCUAUCCUAUUCCAGUAUCUCCGCCUCUUCACUGAAGCUGCACCAAGUGGUAGUUCCACCCAAUAUCGACUUGCUCGGCGACUUACCUGGGGUCUCAUCGCGAUAUGCGCAGUAUGGGGCUGCACCUUCUUCUUGCUAGCGCUCUUCCCCUGCAGGCCCAUUGAAAAGAACUGGAACCCGCUUCUCGACGGUAAAUGCAUUGGUUGGGGUACCAAGGACCCUGACAAGUUCUACGUUGCUAUUGGCCGUAUGAUUGCCAUGUCUGUCAACCGCGCUGGUACCGUACCGGUCCUCGACAUGACAUACCACACGCCCAUCAUCUACAUCUUCGCCGUUCUUGAAGUCAACUUCGCCAUCAUCACAGCCUCAAUACCCAUCUUCUGGCCUGUCAUCGCAACACUAGCGUCCAACAAAAUCUUCGUUGUCAACGAGGUCGAGAUCCACGUCGAACACGUCACGAGGAAUGAUAGCCUGGACUCCAAGGGCAUUAGUCUCGGUGACCGAAAAGGAAGCGGUGCUAGUGGGGACAACAAGCUCGGCCACCUAACGACCAUUGCCGACCGCGGCACCAGAAAGUCGAGCGAGAAGGGCCACCACCAGCACAAAACCAGCAAUGCCUCGACAGCCCGGUCCAUGGGCAUCGAUAUUUCAGGCAACCGUAAGCCCAGCGAUGCGUCAUCGGUGGGACGCACAAUAGGCAUGGACCUCACAGGACGCACGAGCCAAGAAUCUUCACAACAUCUCUACCGCAUCCCGAAUCAGAGCGGGUUGAGCCCUGCUUACUUUUGUUAUUUUAUCUUUUUGGGGGGAUUUGAGUUCCCGUGGUUCACCCGGUAG